UCACGUGACCCCCCCGCUCUGUCUCCCAGUGGUUCGGUGAUCUGGUGACUCCGGUCUGGUGGGAGGACGUCUGGUUGAAAGAAGGCUUCGCUCAUUUCUUCGAGUACGUCGGCACCGACUUCCUCUUCCCCAAGUGGAACAUGGAGAAGCAGCGCUUCCUGACGGAUGUCCUUCAUGAGGUGAUGCAAUUGGACGGGCUUAAUUCCUCCCACCCGAUUUCCCAGGAGGUGGAAGAGGCGGCGGACAUCGACCGAGUCUUUGACUGGAUUGCCUACAAAAAAGGGGCGGCGUUGAUCCGGAUGCUGGCGAACGUGAUGGGACAGACGCUCUUCCAGAAGGGACUGAAUGAUUAUCUGCUGAGUCACAUGUACAGCAACGCGGCCCGAGACGACCUGUGGAGCAAAUUGUCUCAGGCCAUGCGUUCGGAGGGGCGGGACAUCGACAUCGGGAAGAUGAUGGACAGGUGGACCCUGCAAAUGGGCUACCCCGUGGUCACCAUCAGCAAGAACCAAUCAGAGCAGCUCCCCACUCAUUACAUCACCGUGAGCCAGGAGCACUUCCUGUACGGGCCGGAGCUCCGGAGGAACCACAGGUGACACUUUCACACAGUCAC